UAUACUCCCGUACGGACAGAGGGCGAUAUUGCGAUGCACCAGCUACUCACUGCACACACUAGCAAAGAGAGAGGAUGAGAAGCUUCUGUUCAUGCUACGAUGGCGUCAGAAGUGAAACCUGUCUUUGAGGAGAACACUGCACUAGGAUUCCUGUAUAGGCUGAUGAAUGGGGCGUUUCAGGACAGAGACUCCAAAGAUUCCGUUUUCUCCAAGGCUAAUGAUUGUAAGGACAACUUCAGCAUAACUCCGCCCCAUCACGCAAAAGACAAACCGCCCCUGCCGACUCUUAGAAAGGUUUCAGUGAUACUGGAGGACUGCAGGAAUUUACUGGGAGACCGUUUCAGACAAUGUGAAAGAGAGGAGAAUGGAUUUGAGGCUUCAAUUCCUCUUGAUUCUCAAGUAAACCCCCUCUUGACCCCACUCCUGGACAAGCUCACUGAGGGGAGUGACUUGCGCACAGACAUUGUGGAGACAAGUAAUUGGUUCCGCAUUAAUCACGCCUUCCCUUCACAUGGUUUAAGAAAAGGACGGAGCCCUAGCCGCAUACAGCCGAAGAACAGAAAGAGCUCUUCUACAUCAGUAAAGCCUAAACAACAACAAACAUUUUUCACGAUUAAGAUGCACCACUGUAAACAGUGUGGGAAGAGUUUUAGUAAUUAUAAAGAUCUAAGGAAUCAUCAGAAAGUGCACAAAGGAAAGUCCUACCACUGCUCUGACUGUGGAAAGUACUUUUCUAUCUUAAGUGCUUUGAGAGUUCAUCGGACAGUUCAUACGGGAGAGAAACCUUACUCGUGCUCUGAAUGUGGGAAGAAUUUUAAGCACAUGGGAAGCCUACGAGAACAUCAGCUAAGACACAUGGGAGAAAAACCCUUUAGCUGCCCUGACUGUGGAAAGAACUUUAUAACACAACGUUGUCUGAAUAAACAUCGGCGAACUCAUACCGCUGAGAAGCGAUACCCCUGUCCUGACUGUGGGAGAGGCUUCACUACGGCAGGACUUAUGAAAAGACACAGAAGAAUCCAUACUGGUGAGAAGCCAUACCAGUGCUCUGACUGUGGGCAAGGAUUUGCCAGAUCCGAGGCAUUGAAAUCUCACCAGCUUACUCAUAAUGGAGAAAAACCUUAUUCUUGCCCUGAUUGUGAGAUGAGUUUCAGCUCAUCAGCGGGCCUGAAGUAUCAUCAAAUGAAUCAUACUGGAGAGAAGCCCUACCACUGUGCAGCCUGUAAUAAGAGAUUCAAGUCAGCUUCAAGUUUAAAGUCUCAUCAGAGGACGCACACUGGAGAGAAACCUUACCAGUGUCGUGACUGUGGGACAACAUUCUCCAGUCUCAGUAAUCUUAAAAUACACCAGCGCAUUCAUUCUGGAGAGAAGCCUUACUCUUGCCCUGACUGUGGAAAGAGAUUUUCUGCAGCAUCCUCUGUAAAAGCACACCAGCGGUCACAUACUGGUGAAAGACCUUUUCCAUGCUCUCAUUGUGGGAAGGGCUUUACCAUAAAGGCACAUCUUGUGGUACACAUGCGGAUACACACUGGAGAGAGGCCCUACCACUGCACUUUCUGUGAUGCAACCUUCUCCUCUUCAGGUCCCUUGGUGAGGCACAUGCGAAUACACACUGGGGAGAAACCUUAUAACUGCAUUCAUUGUGACAAGAGCUUCAAAACCUUGCAUGAAAUUACUGGUCAUACAAGGGUGCAUACGGGAGAGAGACCUUACCACUGCUCUAAGUGUGAGAAGAAGUUCAAGGGCCUGGGAGACUUGAGAAAGCAUGAGCACACGCAUACUGGAGAAAGAGUAGCAUGUGGUCAGUGUAAGAAGACCUUUGCCUCCAAAGGAGGAUUAAGGUUACACAAAAUGUCACACACAGGAGAGAAGCCCCACCACUGCACUGUCUGUGGGAAGAGAUUUAUAUCCACGUUUCUUCUAAAAACACACAAUAGAGUGCACAGUGGAGAGAAACCGUACAGUUGCUCUGACUGUGGGAAAACGUUUUCCCAACUGGCUAACUUAUGGACCCACCAGCGCAUGCAUACUAGGGAGAAACUGUAAUGCUGCUCUGAAUGUGGAAUGUUAUUUAUUUCAAAAUCUCGCUUGAAGGUGGACUUGGUAUUCCAUAGAGACGAUCAGCCUUAUUCCUGUGGCCGGUUUGGAAAACCAAACACACACCCAAGCCUAUUGGCGAAAAACGGUUCCAAUGCUCCAACUGUGGUAAAAAUGUCAUCACAGCAGGCCUGAAGUCAUAAGUAUUUGCAUCCUGGAGACAAGUCUGAAAUGUCUUGGUUGUGGAAAGGGUUUUGCAUUAUCACGUCAGUUGAAAAUGCAUUACAGGGUUCACAGUGGUGAGAAGCCUUACAUGUGUAAAGACUGUGGGAAGUGUUUUCCCCAGUCCUCUAAUUUGAAGUGUCAUCCGAUACAACACACUGGAAUAAAACCACACCGCUGCUCUGACUGUGGCAAAUUAUUCACCUAGUGCAACAUUGGUGUGUGCAGACUGGAGAGAAGUCCUACCACUACCUUGAAUGUUGAAAUAUCUUUUCAGUAUUAAAAGAACACAAGCGUGUUCACUCUGGAGAAAACUUUACUGUUGCUCGGACUGCAAGAAGGACUUUGCAGAACUUUGUAACUUAAAAGAAACACCAGAAAACAUCAUGCAGUAGUCAAAGCUAUUGAACCAAUUCAAUGUUAGUGGUUGAUGUAGUUAUUAUAGCUAAAUAUUGUUAUGCUUAAACUUAUGCUAUACAAAACUGAUUUGGCUUAACAGAUAAUUUUUUAUUAAUGACAGUUUAAUCGAACAUUCCAUGUGGUUAUAAUAUAUGAUUUCCUAUGCAGCUCAAUAGUAAUCUACUAUGAAUAAUUUGUAUGGUUUUUGUACCAAACAUUCAUAAAAUUAUUAAAUGCUCUUUAACCCUGAA